AUGGUGGGAACCUGCUCGCUGCAGCUUGCAAAGUACCUCCGUCGCUUCUUCGAGCUGUCAGGAUGGCCGCCCGCCCCCCCGCGGCCGGGCGCCCCCGCAGGCCGGCGUCUUCCCUUCGGCGCGCCGCCGGCGGCGAAGGGGUGCGCUCCCGGCCUGCCCCGCGCGGGGCGGGGCGGGGCGGCGCGGUGGCCGCCGGGAGCUGUAGUGCGGGGCGGGCGGCGGUCACGUGCCGCGCCCGGCAGUGGCCGCGCUGGGAGCGGAGGCGCCAAGAUGGCGGCGCUGCGGGGCGGAGCGGUGCCCGCCGCGGCCGGGGCCGGGGUCGGCGGCGCCGCGGCCGGGGCCGCUCCGCGAGGGCUGGCGGGCGGCGGAGCCCCGCGCGAGCCGUCCCUGCGCGCCGGCAGCCCCCUGCAGUGCUUUUCCCUCGAGGAGGAUGACCUGAACUUAACGUCGCUGGAUGCAGAAACCACCUUGGAGGCCGAAGAGAUCCUGGGGACGAUGCAGAACUAUCUCGACUCCUCUGUGAUCUCCAUCAUCGAGGACCUCUCUCUGAGCGAGAGCAAGGCCUGCCUGGAUGCGCAGAACGAGCUAUCCCUGCUGACUGCCAUCACUGAGAUCCUGGACAGCACGGAUGAUGAGACUCUGUCCCCCUUUGACACCAUCAUGGACGCAGAGCUGCUGACCUCACCUCGGGAGCGGGAGAAUCCCUCGUUUCAGAAGUUUCUCAGCUUAUCCCGUCCGUCGGUGGAGUGUGAGAGCCCUGCCCUGGAGCAGCCCAAGGCUCUCAGGCCUCGCAGCAGCAGCAGCAGCAGCAUCUCCGUGGUUGGGAAGACCGACACAGACCUAGCUUGGGACCGUGCUGCUCAUGGCCUUGAGGACCCGGUGAUGCCGAAGAAGCAAGUCUGCAGCACCCCGAGGGCGGAGAGGAAGGUGGGCUGGCACCGGGCCCGAGAGCAGCCCCUGCCGCAGCGCAGCGAUGGGGAGGAAGAGGAGGAGGAGGCUGCCUUGAGCCCGGAGCUAGACAGCAGCAUGGAGGCUGGGGAGUUUCGUGUGAGCAGGGCCGGGGCGGCGCUGGAGGAGCGUGAAGACCCCUGCAUCAUCAACACGGGCGACGUGUCCCUGAGUGAACUGGUGAAGUCCAUGCACCCAUACUGCCUGCCCACCUUCACCGUGUGCCUGGACCCCGAGACCGAGCCUGUGGCCAAGGAGCUCCUGAGUGGUCCCGUCUUGCUGGAAAUUGUGCCUGGCGAGGGGGAGAGUGUGGAGAUCCCUGUGGUCCUGCAGCCCUUGGCUCCUAGCUUCCCCAGCCUGGAGCCCCAGCUCCUGGGAGCAGAGGAGGGUACUGGGGAGUCAAUCCCAGAGGAUCGAGAGGAGCUGCCAGGAGCUCCAGCCCAGGAAAACGGCAUGGAGGAGGAGAAGGACGAGAAACUGCGUGGAAAGGAGCCCUCCUGCGCUACCCCGGAGAGCAAGUCCCCACCAGAGACAGCAGCACCCAGAGCCUGGAGCCCCGACAGCAGCUCGCAGCACAGCGUGGAGGCCCCGACGGGCGGCAAACGCGAGGGCUCCAAGAAGGGACGCGGCCGUGAGAGAGCAAGGAAGAGUCGGAAAAAGAAAGCAGAGGAGGACCAAAGCGAGCAGGCCAGGCCAGGCAGGGACUGCGUGGCCCACCGGCUCCGCUCGGCCGGCUCUGGGCAGCCCCUGGGCCAGCCGCCCACCAGCCGGCGGCGGGCAGCGUGUCCCUCUGUCCAGGUCUCGGACUUCCUGGCACGGCAGCUGGAGCGAGCCCGGAAGGAGGGGCAGAUGGAGCUGUGUGCCGAGCGGGUGCCGCGGCCCCGGGGCAGGCCCCGGAGCGUGGCGGGGGCCUCCCUGCUCGAGAAAGCGCAGUGGGAGCUGCAGAAGGACCCAGUGCCAGAAACAGCGAGCGUGGCCCCAGAGAAGGCUGAGACUGUGGUGCCUCUGGAGGAGACUGCACCAAGCGUGGAGGAGCCGCCAGCAGCUGCGUGUCCCAGCCUGGCGGACCAGGCUGAGGGUAGGGGAGAUGCACAGCCAGCUGCUGGACAGGGCGGCGGGGUCUUGGAGGCUGCCUCUCCGCUCCCAGAGCGAGGUGUGGGGCUGGAGUCCCCCCAGAGCCUGCCGGUGGCAGAGCCAAGGGAGGGCCUGCCCAGGGAAGCCAAGCCCAAGGCCCUGAGCCUGCGGGAAUACCGCAUCCGCAUGCUGCACCGCCAGCCCAGCCCACGCAGCAGGAAGGACGGCGAGAAGCAAGUGGCCAGCAAGUGGCCCAGCAUCCCCGAGCCUCCGACAGAGCUGGCGGAGAUCCCCUGCCUGGUGUCGCCCAUGCGCCCCACCACUGAGGCGGCCAGCGCUCAGAAGAGCCCGGAGAAACCUGCCAGCCCCGCUGCUGUCCCUUCUCCUGCCGGCAAAGCUCCUGCUGCUCUGCCUUCAGCUCCGGCACCCGCCACGGCUCCAGCACCCGCCACGGCUCCAGCACCUGCCACGGCUCCACCACCCCCAUCAACACCAAUGCCUUUUGUCGCACCAAACGUGCCCCCAGCCGCUGGGGCGGCCCCCGCCGGGAUGCCGCCAGCCUCUGCCGGUGCUUACGCCCUUUACCCACCAGUGCCUUCCUGGCCCUGCUUCAGCCCGCAGCCCGUGGGCUGCCAUGGUUUGCCCCCGCCGCCCAGUGCCGGCUCCUCCAGUACUUUUCACAUGGUGCCUGGCCUCCCGCCUCCGGCCAUGGCCUGGCCCCCGCCGGCUGUGCCACCCCCACCUCCGUUUGGCCCCGGCGGCCCCUAUGCCCCGGUAGGGUGGGCACCGCCAUCCUACUGGCCAGGAAUCCCCGUGCCUCCUCCGGUGCCUCCCCUGGCGUACGGGGACCCCGGAGCGGUGCUGCAGGGCACUGCCGCCUUCCCGGCUGGCGGCCACCCCAGCACGGCCCUCCUGCACGGGCAGCCUCCCGCUGCCCCUGCACUCAGCUGCCCAGAGCCACCGGCCUUCCCCGCCCAGCCGCCCGCCGCCCCGGCCAGCGAGAUGGGGGCUGCAGGUGGCCUGGCCAGGCCAGCGACCAGCAGGGUGUCGGACCCCAGGAGGCAGGCACGGCUGGUGGGGGAGAGCUCUCUCCCCAAGGCCCCUCCGGCCCCAACCCCUGCCCAGCCCCUGGCAGCCCCAUCGGCUGCCGCUGCCCAGCCCGGCAGGGUCCCUCCUGCAGUGCCAGCCCAGCACACGGCAGCCCCCCAGGCUGCCCCCACCCAGCCUCCAGAGGAGCCCCAGGCUGCAACCCCCACCCAGCUCCCAAAGGCCCCCCCAGCUGCCAUCCGUUGCCCUGCGGAGGUGUCUCCUGCCGCUGGCCCUGUUGGGGAGUCCCCUGGCACCCGCCCCACAGAGGAGGCUACAGGGCCGGGCAAGGGAGCAGCGGAGAAAGCCCUGCCGGAGCCGAAGGCAGCUGCUGGGCAGGAGCCGCCUGGCCAAAAAUCCACCUCCCAGGCUGCAGCACCACCACCGAAAGUGGGUCGAGAGAGCAGCCUGCCCGCUAAGGCACACGUCGCACGGCCAUGGAGGCACCAGCCACUCCUUAGCCCGGUGCAGCCCAGCGACAGCAGCAAGGACAUCGUGCAAGCCUUCAUCAGUGAGAUCGGGAUCGAAGCCACCGACCUGUCCAGCCUGCUGGAGCAGUUCGAGAAGUCUGAAGCCAAGAAGGAGGAGGCUCCCGUGCAGCCCCCUGAGGACAGGCAGCCGGCAGGGAGCUCCGGGCACGAGACCCAGCAGGACAGGAAGCCCCCGGACGGCCUGCAGGCCUCUGAGCUGGCCAACGUGGCAGGUCUCACCCCUCCAGCGACGCCCCCCCACCAGCUCUGGAAGCCGUUGCCUGCUGUCUCGCUGCUGGCCAAGGCCAAGUCGCCAGGGUCCGUGCCCCAGGAAGGGCCCCAGAAGACGGCCAAGCUGACGAAAGCCAAGCCGCUGCCCCCAGGCAAGCUCCAGGGGAAGAGCCUGGCACCGGCCCCCGCCGGCUCAGCCCCGAGCCACGUCUGCUCGGGAGACCACGACUACUGCAUCCCGGGUGCGGCGCGGCUGGAGAGCAACGGCGGCCCUGGCACGCAGACCCCUGCUGAGGGCGGCUCCCGCUGGAAUGUCAAACACCACCGGGACAUCACUAUCAAACCCAUCUCCUCCUUAACCAAACGGACGCUGGACCAGCCCAAGCCCACCCCGCCAGCCCCCACCACCACCGUGGGGCCCAGCCAGGAGCCCCUGGGGACAGCCUGCCUAGCCCCCCUGGAUUAUCGGACUAGCGUCCCCAACAAGGCCACUGCUGGGUGCAGCAGCCCCACCUCGGUGCUCCUAUCUCCAGCUGCAUCCCCCUGCCGGGACCAGGAGAUGCGGACUCCCAGUGCCCAGCCCAGCCGUGCUGCUGCCAAGAGGUCCCUGCGCUGCUACCGGAGACCCCAGGACUCGCCCAGCCCCUCUGCCGGCAGCUGGAGGGCUGGCCGGAGCCGUGCCAGCCGCUCUUUCAGCUCCAGUUCGGAUGGAGCUAGCGAGUCCUCAUCUUCAUCUUCAUCCUCGUCCUCCCGAUCGCGAUCCCGGUCACGGUCAUUCUCCCCACCACCCAAGCGGUGGCGAAGGUACCGCUCCAGCUGUUCCCACAGCUCCUCCUCCCGCUCCAGCUGUGGGUCAUGUGGCAGGUCCCGGGACAGGUCCUCAUCCUCAUCAUCAACAUCCUCCUACUCAUCCAGGUCCACGUCCCGCAGCCAGUCCCGCUCCCGCUCCCCCUCGCCCCGCAGGAGGAGUAACAGGCGGAGAAGAUACAGUUACGACGCACAGGACCACUACCAAAGGCAGAGGAUCCUCCAGAAGGAACGUGCAAUAGAGGAGCGGCGAGUUGUGUUUAUUGGCAAGAUCCCCAGCAGGAUGACACGGUCGGAGCUGCGGCACCGCUUCUCUGUGUUCGGGGACAUCGAGGAGUGCACCCUGCACUUCCGCUCCGAGGGGGACAACUAUGGCUUUGUCACCUACCGCUAUGCCGAGGAAGCCUUUGCUGCCAUUGAAAGCGGGCACAAGCUGCGGCGCCCGGACGAGCAGCCCUUCGACCUGUGCUUCGGCGGCCGCCGGCAGUUCUGCAGGAGGAACUAUGCCGACUUGGACUCAAACCGGGAGGAUUUUGACCCGGCCCCUGUCAAGAGCAAGUUCGACUCCCUCGACUUCGACACGCUGCUGCGGCAGGCACAGCGCAGCCUGCGGAGGUAGCGGCAGGCGAGGCGGAGCGCCCGCCCCCACUUUUAUACUCAAAUACAAAAGACAAAAAAAGUAUGGAGAGAGAGAUGGGGUUUUUAAGAAAAAGAAAAAGGAAAAAAAGAAAUUUGUUUUAUAACCAAUAUUUAAGGAGGGCGGGUCAUUUGCCUUCGACCGGAGGGGCCCAGGCGAGUGGCAGCCCCAGGCUUGCCCCAGCCAUGUAAUAAAUGUGGAUGCCCAAACAGCAGCGCUGCCUCGUCUCCUCCUUCGCAUGGGCCAUUCCCAGGCGUGGGCUCGGGCUGUGCCCCCUCAG